UGUUUUACAGAAACUGAGUUGCAGUACAGCCGUCAAGAAUCUGUGUAACAGUCAGACAAAAGAUCAUUCACAGAGUCUGAACUUGCUUUCAGUUUGGACAUUAUUUAAACACAGCUGAUCGUGGGUUUGGCCUCAGAAUCUGUCUGAACUUCACUCCAGCAACAGAUUUUAACCUAUUUGCAAGAUCAGCAGGACACAGAGAUCUCCACCAUGUCCACUGCAGACCAGCUGCUGGAGCAAAUGUUCUCCUGGAUCGAGCAGAGGGAGCAGUGUGCAAGGAAGCUGAAGAAGCUGGCCCAGGAGCUUGAGUCACUCAGAGAGAAAUGUAACGCCAGUGAAGCUGUUGGCAGUUCAGCGGCAGUGGUUGGAGCUGCAUGUUUACUUGGAGCCGGUGUGGCCACUCUGUUAACCGGCGGUGCAGCUGCUCCAUUGUUAGGUUUAGUGUUUUCAGGCGUAGGUCUCAGCAUAUCUGUGAUUACUAAAAUCGCUGAGCACCUCUCGUCAAGCAAAACCAUGAAAGAGGCAAAGGAGAUAGAAAGUCAGAGCAAUGAAAUUACCCAAAAAAUCCAGAAACUGUUCCAGAAGCUGAAGGAAGAGAGGCAGCAGGCGGGAUCCUUUACAGGCCCUGAUGAUCUGGACCGUCAUGUCGUGACUGAAAUCUUGGGAGCCAUGGCCAGACGAAGUGGAAUGCAUCCUCACUUCAUCAUGCAAAUGCUCCAACGGCCCAAUUUAUUUUUUAAUGUAGGACCAGGCAACAGAGGGCUCCACCAGAGAGUCUUUAACCCUGAACUGAUGGUCGGACUUGCUGGUAUUUUAUCAUUUUUCACACUGAAAGCUGGUGGGAAGGAAUUAAAAUUUCUGUUUGCCAAAGGAGGCCAACAACUGUUCAAAGAAGUCUCUAAAACUGGACUUAAAACAGCCCUUAAAGGAGGUGCCAUGGCUGUUGGGGGAGCGAUUGGAAUCGCGUUUGAACUUCCUGAGGCAAUCAACCAAUGGAAAAAGAUGAUUGAGAAGAAUCAUGUGACUGAAGCGAGCCAAUCACUGAGAGAUACAGCUAACGACCUUGAAAAGAUCAGCCGCACUCUGAGGAAGCAGCUGGAUAAGAUCAAAAAAAUGUUUAAGGAGUUUGAAGUACUGAAGAACUGCAUUGAAAACAGCAACAGGAGUCCUCAGCAAAAGGAAGACUUCAUCAAGUUUGUUAAAAGAUAUUGUCAAGAUCAAGCCAUCUUGUCAUGGCUGUCAGAUAAUUAUGACACUGAGAUCUUCUUCAAACUCCUGGACAUGUUUUAUUAUAUAAAACAAAUGUUGGAAAAGAAAAAGAAGAAGACAGACCGAGAGAACAUCGACAUCGACAUCGACAUCAUCUUCGUAGCACAUGGAUCAAUUGAAGAGCCCCUGAUGCCAGCCAGCACUCUGCUCCCUCUGUCCACAAUCGAAGAUGUGAUCCUGUAUUCUCCCUGGAACUCUUUCAUUGAUUCUAAAGUGGCGUAUGGUAUUAUUACAGGAAGCCUACAACCUCAUCACAGGCUCUUCGGCUGUGCACCACCUUGUUGCUGUCAAAAUGACUUAAACCAUCUGCCCACCAAUCUGCCACCAUACUGGAACUCAAUGAAGAAUUCUGGCGCAGGGCUCAUCCCAAACAUCUUCAUUGAACCUCUGAAACCAGUAGACCCAGCAUGGAACGAGGUGGUGGAGCUACAAAGAAAAUAUGGUCAACCUGGGACAAACCGAGUCUUCAUUCCAUACAGGUUCCCGAUGAAAAUCCCGUUCUAUGUUGUCACUCUGGCCCUGUCCCUAGUGCUCUUUAUCUUUCCAUUCAGAGCAACUGUCCACCUCGCAGCAUGUCUGGGUAGAUCCUCACAAGAAACGCUGUCUGGGCAGGUCGAGAACCUCAACAAGCAGUAUUCAUACACUAUCGACGGCACAUACAUGACAUCUGCAGACAACAUGUUAUCUGCAGAUCCUGAACUGUACAGAGCCUUGCAGGCUUGGUUUGAUCAGUAGGUCAUUUUAGUGUUAAAACUACAGUGGCCCUGAAAGAUCAACAGACCAGGAACACAAAGAGAAAGCUGAAGGAAGUUUAAAUACAAAACAUCCGGACAACACAUGCAAAUUAUUUAGGUU